GCCGUUUCAGCACGCUACCUUCCUUCUUUUCUCUAUUCCUUGUUUCCCCUUGUCUAGAUGCCUUCUUAGCUAGACUUGCAGGGAAAGAAAAGUAGAUGUGCAGUGCAUAAGCCCUCCCUUCUUCGACAGUGGCCGGAUCAAUUCUCUUUCUAUUCAAGCCUUCAAUAUGACUCAAGACGUCGAGAUGAAAGAGGUCCCAGCUCCCUCCAACUCCACCGCAUCCUCUUCCCCUUCAACCUUCCACCAUUUGAAGGAGAUUGCUUCCCUGAUUGAGACCGGUGCCUAUGCCAGGGAGGUGCGGCGGAUAGUGCGUGCUGUGCGCCUGACAAUGGCCUUAAGGCGAAAGCUCAAGGCUCAGGUGCUCUCUGCCUUCCUCAAUUUCGCUCUUACUCCGGGAUCCGAACCUCAUAAUCGGCUAGCCUCCUAUCUUCCCAAGGAGGAUGAACAUGAAAUGGAGGUUGACACUGCAACAUCUGUGACUCAAACUCCUGUGAAACACCCCUUACCAGAACUGGAGAUAUACUGCUACUUGCUGGUGCUAAUAUAUCUUAUUGAUCAGAAGAAAUAUAAUGAGGCUAAAGCUUGUUCAUCAGCGAGUGUGGCCCGGCUGAAGAAUCUGAAUAGGAGGACUGUUGAUGUUCUGGCAUCCAGGCUCUACUUUUAUUACUCUCUUAGCUAUGAACUCACCGGCGAUCUUGCUGAAAUCAGAGGUAACCUCCUUGCUCUUCACCGCAUUGCAACAUUGCGCCAUGAUGAACUUGGCCAGGAAACACUUCUCAACCUGCUACUCCGCAAUUACCUCCACUACAAUUUAUAUGAUCAAGCAGAGAAGCUGAGGUCAAAGGCCCCACGAUUUGAAGCUCACUCAAAUCAGCAGUUCUGUCGGUACCUGUUUUACCUGGGAAAGAUUAGGACAAUUCAGUUGGAGUACACUGAUGCAAAAGAGUCCCUCCUUCAAGCUGCUCGGAAAGCGCCUGUUGCUGCGCUUGGUUUUCGAGUUCAAUGCAAUAAAUGGGCAAUUAUUGUCAGAUUAUUGUUGGGAGAAAUUCCUGAGAGGACUGUUUUUAUGCAGAAAGGGAUGGAAAAUGCUUUAAGGCCAUACUUUGAAUUGACAAAUGCCGUUCGGAUAGGUGAUUUGGAGCUCUUUAAAUCUGUUGCAGAGAAGUUCUCAACCACUUUCAGUUCAGACAGGACUCAUAAUUUAAUUGUUAGACUGCGGCACAACGUCAUAAGGACUGGACUUCGCAACAUCAGUAUUUCUUAUUCUCGAAUUUCACUAGCUGAUGUGGCCAAGAAGUUAAGGUUGGACUCUGCAAACCCUGUUACUGAUGCUGAGAGUAUUGUAGCGAAGGCAAUACGUGAUGGUGCAAUUGAUGCAACUCUUGAUCGUGCUAAUGGGUGGAUGGUAUCAAAGGAAACAGGAGAUAUCUAUUCAACAAAUGAGCCUCAAAUUGCGUUUAACUCAAGGAUUGCUUUCUGCCUUAAUAUGCAUAAUGAGGCAGUUCGCGCACUUAGGUUUCCGCCAAAUUCCCACAAGGAGAAAGAAAGUGCUGAGAAGAGAAGGGAGAGACAACAGCAAGAGCAGGAGCUUGCAAAGCACAUAGCCGAGGAGGAUGAUGAUGAGUUUUAAUUUGGCAUCUGACAAAAUGUUACCUCUUUUCGCCAUCUAAUGCUUUCUUGUCCAGCUGUGCAACUUUCUUUAAGAACUUCCCUACAAGAAUGUUGACCUUUUCUUUUGCUUCACUUUUAUGUUCUGAUUUUAGGAUUCUAUCUCAUAUUGAAGCAACCUCUGCUUGGGUUGCUCCCAUUGAAUUAUCAUUUUUCUUGUUAUUAUUUGAUUUUGCUGCAA